AUGUCGUGUUUAAGUAUAAUUUCUCGUAAUUUCUCAUCUUCUACUUUAGCCCGUGCAGCGAUUAAAAAUGUCACCGUUGUCGGAGGUGGUUUAAUGGGCUCGGGUAUCGCCCAAAUAUCUGCUCAAAGUGGUCACAAUGUGACAAUUGUAGAGCUCAACCAGGAAGUUCUAGACAAAACUCAUAAGAGCAUUCAACAGAGCUUACAAAGAGUCGCUAAAAAGGUUUAUAAGGAAAAACCUCAAGAAGGUGAGAAUUUUGUUUCAGAAACUUUGUCAAGAAUUAGUACUUCCACAAACUUAGCUGAUGUAGUACAAAGUUCAGAUUUGGUGUUGGAAGCCAUUGUUGAAAACUUGUCUAUCAAGCACAAACUCUUUAAGUCCAUAGAUGAUAUAGCACCAGAAAAGACUAUAUUUGCUUCCAAUACAUCAUCAUUGUCUAUCGGCGAAAUUGCAGCUGUCUGUAAGAGGAAGGACAAAUUUGCUGGGUUACAUUUUUUCAACCCUGUACCGGUGAUGAAAUUAUUAGAAGUUGUCAGAACUCCGGAAACAUCUGAUGAAACUUAUGAAAAAUUAAUGGCUUGGGCAAAAGCUAUUGGUAAAACGGCCAUUACUUGCAAGGACACUCCUGGAUUCGUAGUCAACCGACUUCUUGUUCCAUUGAUGGCCGAGGCAAUUAGAAUGAUGGAGAGAGGGGAUGCUUCUCCUAGGGAUAUUGACAUAGCUAUGAAGUUGGGCGCAGGACACCCAAUGGGACCUAUUGAAUUGGCAGAUUAUGUUGGACACGAUACUACUAAUUCAAUAAUUAACGGAUGGCAUGAAAAAUUCCCAGAGAAUCCAUUGUUCAACCCAUUACCAUCUUUACAGAAAUUGGUUGAUGAAAAAAAAUUGGGUAUCAAGACUGGUGAAGGAUAUUAUUCUUAUAAGAAAUAA